AUGUUUCGUCACGAAGGAGUAUCUUGCGAUCUUUGUUGCGCGUACAAUUUCAGAGGGAAACGGUUCAAGUGCUUGAAAUGUAAAGAUUACGACCUCUGUAUGAACUGCUUCGACUUGGGCUUAGGAACUCAUUCUAGGAAACACCCAUUUCAAUGCAUAUUGACCCAGUCGGAUUACGAGCUGUUUUACGGAGGUGAAUAUUCGCCGUGCCAACGUUCUUUCACUUGUUCCAUAUGUGGGCAGAUGGGUUUCGCAGAGAAAAGCCUUGUUAAGCACGCCCUGGAGUGUCACAGAGACGUUUCUACACCAGUUUUAUGCCCGGUCUGUAUCACUCUACCGCAGAACGAACCGAACGUAAUGAUUGUCAAUCUUUCGAACCACCUCGUCGAAAUGCACGGUAAAAUGGUCUACGACUUUAAUUUAAGUAGCACGUCGACCGAGACGAGAUCCACACCCGUUUCCCAAGGCAGUAUGGACACCUUGACUGAAAUAUUCUCUCAGUUAGUUCUCACCAAGAAGAAAAAGAGAUCGGCCCACAGGCAGAGCAUCUGGGGCCCGCUGGUUCCCAAAGGACUCCAUCACGCUACCCAGGCCGCAGAAACAUCCGCCGAGAAUACUGUCCAGAUCCCUCCAGCACAUUCUUCAAAAAUGUUAGUCGACGAAAUGGAAAUAGAGUCAGAGACUGAAGAGAAAAAUGAAGCUAGAGACGAAAGUUUAGCUGCCAGAAACUUAUUCGCGCGGCACGUCGUGACUUCGACCUUCAACGAUCCAAACUUGAGAUCCCUCAGGGGCGAUCUGGGCAGUUUUGUCAAGGAACAACGUACACUUGAGUUUGAAGACGUCUUCAGCGACAUUGAUAAGAAAUAG